GAGGCGGGCGGAGGAUGAGGCCGUGCCCGGGCUCUGGCUGCAGCCGCCCGGGGACACGCCGUGCACCCUCGGGCUCGGGGCUCUGGCGGCGGCGGCUGUGGCAGCGUUAGCUGCGAGCGAGCGAGAGGGCGAGCGAGCGAGCGGCAUCUCCCAGCGCUUCUUCCUCAGGCGGGGCGACGCGAAGAAGAAGAGGCGGCGGCGGCGGCACCACACCGGUGUACCUCGGGUUGAAGAUUGCUCUUCGCUUUCCUCAUUGACUGGCUCACCCCCACCCUCCUUUAUAAUUUUUUUGGAGGAAGGGUGACCUCUGGAACUGGGGGUGGGGGGAACCUACAAUUUGUGUGUGUGUGUGUGUGCGUGCGUGCAUGUGUAUGUGAGGAGGGGGUCGGUGGCACGCGCCAGGCUUUGCAAUUCUUCUUUCAUCUUUUCUCCUCCCCCCCCAAGACCGAAAAAAAAGGGGGGGAAAAUCCCACAACUGCGUCCUCCUCCUUCUUCCUUUCCUCCCCCCCCCAACCUCUGUCUCCGCUCGAGCUUGCAUGGUUCUGCUCCCCUCUCUGGGGGGUCUCGCCCCUCUCGGCUCGCUCCCCAGUCCUGGCUUCCCUUGGAUACAUUUCUUAAAAAAAAAUCGGGAGCCCGGGAGUGAGUUUUUCAGCGAGGCGUUUGUGUGUGUGUGAGAGAGGAGGAGGUGUGGGGUGUUUUCCUGCAGGAGGGGGCGGGUGAAGUUCAUUGCCACCCACCCCUCACUUCACCGUGACCUUUCGGACCUCGGGUUUCCUUCUUUUUUUUUUUUCAAUUGUGGUGGGGGGCAUCUGUAGAGAGGGCGAGAAGCAAGGCGAUUUCGGUGGUGGGGAGAGAGCAUGGCCGCGGGGAGGGCUUCCCCAGUCUCUUGAUCAAAGCAUUCCGCUAUUCUGAUUUAUUGCCUGCUUGGUGAGUUAUUUUUCCCCCCCCUUUCCUCUGUAAAGGAGACCUGUGUGUUCAGCCAUUACUUUGCUCGGCGCUGUUUGCAGGCAUCUCCGACCCUCGGUGCAGAGGGGAGCCCCACACUUCGCCCUCUUGCUUCCCCGUCCCUCCCUCCCCGUCUCCCCGCCCCUUCCCCCGUUUUUCUUUCUCCCCCCCCUGCCCUCCCUUCUUGUUCUUCUUCUUCAGCUUUUUUUUCCCUCCCAGCCUCCUUCUCCCCCGCGCCCUUCCUCGCGGCUGGAGGGAAAAGCCCGUGCAAGAGGAGGGAGGGCUCGGUGUCAAUUUUUUUUUCUUGGGGUGUGUGUGUGCGUGUGCGCGCGCGUGUGUGUGUGUGAGUGUGAGUGUGAGUGUGUGUGUGUGUGUGUGUGUGUGUGUGUGGCCGCGGCCCGAGCCUGUGGCGCGCGGGUAGGCGAACGGGGAAGAUCCCCGGCGCGGUUAAAAGAACCAUGGAUGGCCCGACGCGGGGACAUGGACUCCGGAAAAAGCGGAGGUCGCGAUCGCAGCGAGACCGGGAGAGACGCUCUCGGGCCGGGUUAGGAGCCGGUGCGGCGGGUGGUGGAGGAGCCGGCCGGACCCGGGCUCCCUCGCUGGCUUCAUCGUCGGGCUCCGACAAGGAAGACAAUGGAAAGCCCCCAUCCUCCGCCCCGUCCCGGCCCAGACCCCCGCGGAGGAAGCGCAGAGAGUCCACCUCAGCCGAAGAGGACAUCAUUGAUGGAUUUGCCAUGACCAGCUUUGUUACUUUUGAAGCGCUGGAGAAAGAUGUAGCAGUUAAGCCUCAGGAACGAGUAGAGAAGCGGCAGACACCCCUGACCAAGAAGAAACGAGAAGCUCUUACCAAUGGCUUGUCUUUUCACUCCAAGAAGAGCCGGCUCAGCCACUCGCACCACUACAGUUCGGAUCGAGAAAAUGACCGCAACCUCUGCCAGCAUCUUGGAAAGAGAAAGAAGUUGCCUAAGGGACUCAGACAGCUCAAGCCAGGACAGAACAGCUGCAGGGACAGUGACAGCGAAAGCGCUAGCGGAGAAUCCAAGGGUUUCCACCGGAGCAGCUCUCGUGAGAGGCUCAGCGAUAGUUCGGCCCCUUCCAGUUUGGGAACAGGCUACUUCUGUGACAGUGACAGCGACCAGGAAGAGAAGGCAUCAGAUGCUAGCUCUGAAAAACUCUUCAACACUGUUCUUUCGAACAAAGAUCCAGAGUUAGGUGUUGGCCCGCUGCCUGAACAUGACAACCAAGACUCGGGGCCAAUUGUCCCCAAGAUCUCAGGUCUAGAGAGAAGUCAGGAGAAGAGCCAGGACUGUUGCAAAGAGCCCAUCUUUGAACCCGUGGUGCUCAAAGACCCUCAUCCUCAGCUCCCCCAGCUACCAUCCCAGCCCCAGGCCGAACUCCAGCUCCAAAUUCCAUCUCCAGACCCAGACUUGGUCCAGCGCACGGAGGCUCCGCCCCAGUUUCCUCCUCCAAGUACACAGCCAGCCCCAGGCCCCCCAGAAGCCCAGCUGCAGCCUGCCCCACAGCCUCCUCAGGUGCAGAGGCCACCCCGGCCGCUGUCCCCCGGUCAUCUGCUCCAGCAGGCCCUCCCGCAGCCGGUGCAAUCGCACCCCUCUUCUCAGAGCCUCUCCCAGCCACUGUCGGCCUACAACAGCAGUAGCCUGAGUCUCAACAGCCUGAGCAGCAGCAGAAGCAGCACUCCAGCCAAGACCCAACCGGCCCCCCCUCACAUCUCCCACCACCCCUCUGCCUCUCCUUUCCCCCUCUCUCUGCCCAACCACAGCCCCCUGCACAGCUUCACACCCACCCUCCAGCCCCCUGCCCACUCACAUCACCCCAAUAUGUUCGCCCCUCCCACCGCUCUGCCUCCUCCCCCGCCGCUGACAUCUGGAAGUCUGCAGGUGCCCGGGCAUCCCGCAGGGAGCACUUACUCAGAACAAGAUAUCUUGAGGCAGGAACUAAACACGCGUUUCCUGGCCUCUCAGAGCGCCGACCGAGGGGCGUCCCUGGGCCCACCGCCCUACCUGCGGACCGAGUUCCAUCAGCACCAGCAUCAGCACCAGCACACGCAUCAGCACACGCACCAGCACACCUUCACGCCGUUCCCCCACGCCAUCCCACCCACUGCCAUCAUGCCGACGCCAGCACCUCCCAUGGUGCGUACCCCAGGCAGAAAUUUUGACAAAUACCCCACCAAAGUUGACCCAUUCUACCGGCAUAGCCUCUUCCACUCCUACCCUCCUGCGGUCUCGGGUAUACCCCCCAUGAUCCCACCCACGGGCCCUUUCGGUUCACUCCAAGGAGCGUUCCAGCCGAAGACAUCCAACCCUAUCGACGUGGCUGCUCGACCUGGAACGGUCCCCCACACUCUCCUCCAAAAGGACCCAAGGUUGACAGAUCCUUUCAGACCUAUGUUAAGGAAACCAGGAAAGUGGUGCGCCAUGCACGUGCAUAUCGCCUGGCAGAUUUACCACCACCAACAGAAAGUCAAGAAACAGAUGCAGUCAGACCCACACAAGCUGGACUUUGGGCUGAAACCUGAGUUCCUGAGCCGCCCUCCAGGCCCCAGUCUCUUCGGAGCCAUCCAUCACCCCCACGAUCUGGCACGGCCUUCCACUUUGUUCUCUGCCGCUGGUGCUGCACAUCCAACUGGGACCCCCUUUGGGCCGCCACCUCACCACAGUAACUUUCUCAACCCUGCCGCUCACCUAGAGCCUUUUAACCGGCCGUCUACAUUCACGGGCCUUGCUGCAGUCGGUGGCAAUGCCUUCGGGGGACUUGGCAACCCUUCAGUUACACCCAACUCAGUGUUCGGCCACAAGGAUAGCCCCAGUGUGCAGAACUUUAGCAAUCCUCACGAACCCUGGAACCGGCUGCACCGAACGCCUCCGUCGUUCCCGACCCCUCCGCCCUGGCUGAAGCCAGGGGAGUUGGAGCGCAGUGCGUCCGCUGCAGCCCAUGACAGAGAUAGAGAUGUAGAUAAACGAGACUCCUCCGUUAGUAAAGAUGACAAGGAAAGGGAAAGCGUUGAGAAAAGACACCCCAGCCAUCCUUCCCCAGCACCUCCCGUCCCGGUGAGCGCCCUGGGCCAUAACCGCAGCUCCACUGAUCAGACGACCAGGGGUCAUUUGAAUACUGAGGCUCGUGAGAAAGAUAAACCAAAAGAGAGGGAGAGAGACCACUCGGGAUCCCGAAAGGACCUGCCCACCGAAGAGCACAAAGCCAAGGAAAGCCACCUGCCUGAGAGAGAUGGCCACAGCCACGAGGGACGUGUAGCAGGCGAGGAACCCAAGCAGCUGUCCCGGGUGCCGUCACCCUAUGUGAGGACGCCAGGUGUGGAUAGCACCAGGCCUAACAGCACCUCUAGCCGGGAGGCCGAGCCACGCAAGGGUGAGCCGGCCUACGAGAACCCCAAGAAGAGCGCCGAGGUCAAGGUCAAAGAGGAACGCAAGGAAGACCACGACCUACCUACAGAGGCCCCACAGGCCCACAGGACCUCAGAGGCGCCUCCACCCAGCUCAUCAGCCAGCGCCAGCGUGCACCCGGGGCCCCUGGCGUCCAUGCCCAUGACCGUGGGAGUGACUGGCAUCCAUGCCAUGAACAGUAUCGGUAGUCUGGACAGGACACGCAUGAUGACCCCGUUUAUGGGCCUCAGCCCGAUCCCAGGGGGAGAGCGCUUCCCGUACCCCUCUUUCCACUGGGACCCCAUGCGGGACCCCUUGAGGGAUCCUUACCGGGACCUGGACAUGCACCGAAGGGACCCUCUGGGCAGGGACUUCCUGCUCAGGAAUGACCCCCUGCACCGGCUCUCCACACCCCGGUUGUACGAAGCCGACCGCUCCUUCAGGGACAGGGAGCCUCAUGAUUAUAGCCACCACCACCAUCACCACCAUCAUCCGCUAGCCGUGGACCCUCGCCGGGAGCAUGAACGGGGCGGACACCUGGAUGAGCGUGAGCGGCUGCACGUGCUUCGGGAGGACUACGAGCACCCACGGUUGCACGCCGUGCACCCCGCUUCUCUGGACGGACACCUCCCACACCCGAGCCUGCUCACGCCAGGCUUGCCUAGUAUGCACUACCCUCGCAUCAGCCCUACUGCGGGCCACCAGAAUGGACUGCUCAACAAGACCCCGCCCACCGCGGCGCUCAGCGCCCCACCUCCGCUCAUUUCCACAUUGGGGGGCCGCCCGGGAUCCCCCCGGAGGACUACGCCUCUGUCGGCUGAAAUCCGAGAGAGGCCACCGUCCCACACACUGAAGGACAUCGAAGCUCGAUAAAGCCAGGAGGACCAGGAGGACCUCAGAGUUGGGGAGAAACCCCAGGAACACCCCCCCAAGACUCAAGAGACAACUCUUGCACCCCCAACACUGAGAGGUGCAGAGCUUCAACUCUUCCCCUGGGAAAAAAAAUGGACAGAGACUCCGUUUGGGUGUUGAAACGUUUUUGUAUAUUAAUGUUGGAAUUUUUCAGACCUUUUACCCAGGUCCCGUUUGUCCCUUAACAUUUCCUUCCUUUUGAGUUUCGUUGUUCCUUGCAUCUAACUUUGAUUUGAACCAAAACGGUGACGGUAACGACACAAAGGAUCUGAUGAUAAUGGGGGUGGGGGGCAGCUGUCUGCCCCCCCAGAGCUGUCUCAGAGGAGGAGGCGUGUACAUAGAGUGUAAAAAGAGAUUGCUUCGUGAGCUGACGGUUCAUAUAUGCAAAAGAUAAAGACGAAAGCUUUACUUGUACAGAUGUAAAUAGGUAAAGAUUAAGUAACAUAAUACAUUAAUACUUCUUCAGAUGUGCUAUUUACAAGUCUAAUAUCAGUGAACUCGGCCCUCCAAGGAGGCCGCGUUCCCAUCUGCUAAACCCUUCAACUAUGCAAUGAACACGAGGGCUUUUCCCCAAAGCCCAUCCAAUUCAAAGGAGCCUUUUCAAAUCCAUUUACAACAUACUUAAGGUCAUAUUUUCCCUGAACAAGCGCUUACCUGAGACGUUAUACAACUGUUUUCCUUUUUUUUUUUUUUUCUCUCCCCUGGUUUGGUUUUUCAAAUGGAUAAACCCUCCACCUGUUUGUUUUUUUUUAAAUCUGGAACCCCAGGCUGGAACUUUGCAUCUGAAGUUGCUGCUUGUGGUCUUCUGGGGGAGUGAUGGGGAAGGAUGCACCCCCCGGAAGUGUAACUAAGAACCGGAAGCAGCUUUGCCCAGGGAAGAUGGGAUUGUUUUUGAUAAUCGGGGCAGGUGGGCCUUGCCUGCCAGGCACAGACAGGUCACCAGAAUGUGUGGUCACCUCUGAUGCAGGCAGCUUCAAGUGGGAACCAUGCCUUCCCGACCCCCCCCACCCCCGAGUCCUAUCUCAUAGCAUGUACACACUUCCUUGUUCCAUAAUGUGAUUUAAGGGCACUCACAUAGGUCCUGUCCGGGUCUUCUCCGAGGAUGGGUGUGUUUCCAUGGUAACUGACGAAUCGAAGGCACACGGAGCCCAGUGUGAAUCGUUGACAUUCCAGUAGGAAAUGGAAGCCUGGCAAGAACCGAGCAAGUAGAUCGUGUGAGAGCCAUCAGGAAUUGCGGAGGGCGAAAGGUGGCAGAGAGAAUCGAGCGUGUGCGCGCGCGCGUGCGUGUACUCUUGUGUGAGCCUGUAUGUGUGCGUGUGUGCGGUGUUGAGUUUUCACCAGUCUUAAUGUCUUCAUGACACUUUUAUAAAGACAUCAACCCUCUUGUCUACACAUUUGGAGAGAAUAUGACUUUACUAGCCGAGAAAAUACAAUAUAUCUUGUCUACUGGCCUGUAAAAUACAUGUAAGAAAUAAAAAUUAGUCCCAUUUGGUCCUCUAGUAUAUUAAAGUGCUACCUGACAUUGUUAUCCUGUUUGUUUGUUUUUUUCCAAAAAAGAAAAAAAUGUAAACUACAGACCAUUGUUUUUAAAAGCAGAGAGAUCUAUUUUAGUAGUCAACUGAAGGUUUAGUUGUGAAUUCAGAUUUUGUGGACACCAGACGUGUGCAGUGUUUUCUUUUUUUCUGUUUUUUGUUUUGUUUUGUUUUUUUAAAAAUAACAACUAAAAAAACAAAUCCCAAGGGUUCUGUGCACUGGGACUGUAGUGGUAGCUCUCAGCAUUGUAAAGGGAUCGCUCUGUACAGGCCUUUUUUGCUGUUUCUCUUGUAUGUAAAAAAAAAAGAAAAAAGAAAAAAAAGUCCUUUCCGGAUCCUACUCAACAGGAAGGGAAGCAACGCAAUCUUUAGCAUGUCUCAUUGGAGGAGCCUUCUUGUGUAAUGUAAAUGUGCCAUGUUAUUAAAAACUGUGACCCAA